AUGGGGGACUUCAAUGACAUUAGAUGCCCCAGCGAGAAGAUUGGUCGCAACCCGCAGCUGCGUUGGCUCAUGGAAGGCUUCAACUCGGCAAUCGAGUCCUCCGGCCUCUCCGAUGUUGAAAUUAGAGGACACAAAUACACCUGGGAUAGAGACAGAGGUACACAGCACUGGGUCAAAGAAUGUCUUGACAGAGUCCUUGUGUCUCAAUCUUGGUUGAAUCUUUUUGAACAGGCUAUGGUCGAAUCGGUUGUUACUCUGGUGAGUGAUCACCUCCCCAUCUUCAUGAAACCAAUUCCCACAUCUAGACACAGAAGGAGGGCAAAAUUCCGGUUUGAAAACUUGUGGAUCAAAGAAGCUAAUUGUCGCAUGCUUGUUGUCGAAUCCUGGUCUGCCUCAAGGGGUGCUAGUCUAAUCUCCAGGCUAGAUUCUUGCAGCAAAGCUCUUUGGGAUUGGGGCAGGAAGUUAACCAGAGACUUCCAGCCUAAUAUUGAUUUUUGCUUAAAACAGAUGGAUGCUUUCAUAAAUCGGUCUUACCAUGCUAGGCAUGCUUGCCUUCUCUGA